UGAGGUCCUUGCUUAAUUUAGGCCAUAGCAAAAACCCUCUGCACGCCCGCAAAGUACCGCUAGUAUCUCUCUUCGAACAUGGCGUCCUCACUGUUGAAAUUCCUCGCUUGCUGCAUGCUGCUGGCUUCCACCAUCGGUGCUUCUGUCGUAAAACCGGAGUCAAGGAAGAUUGAUCAUCUAUUGGCCAAGAAAGCGGGGACGACCACCAGUCAUCCGACGGAUCCGACCGGUUUUUCUGAAGCCCAGCUGUCGGUAAUAGGGAAAACUGUGUCCGACGCUCUCGCAAGUUGGCGACCACCACAACAGGACACUCCAUCACCACCAGUCGUCGCAAGCGAAGGCACUCCUGGCUCGGCGUCUCCCUUGGGUCUCGAUCGCCCAUUGGACGAGGCACUAGAGGGCAAGAUUACUCGGGCCCCUUCCAUCGCUCCGAAGACUGCCCUUCUGGUCAACACCGCCUCGCCACACACCGCUCACCGUGCAUUCAUCGUAACAACGUGUGCUUCGACUUCAACCGAGUCACCGUCAAGCCUGCAUCUACCCCCACGUUUGCCAAAAAUGCGCCGACUCCCAUCCCGCUCACCAGUGUCGCGCCGGAAUCUCCGCAGGCCAGCGCCAAGGCAACAGAAGCCAAGCUCCGGGUCGCCCAGCUGCACAGUAAAAGGAAGGCAACGAUAAGUACACCGAUUAAAACAGAUCUUUUAGAACAGGAACUAUCUUCCCAUUCAGGUCGGGAAUUCGUAACUUCCCUACUUAAUUCGUUACGUUUCGGUGCCCGCAUUGGUUUUGAUGGCACCCAAAAGUCUCGUGUUUCACCUAAUCUUAUAUACCCUGAGAUAAUUUAAAAAAACAUAGAAAAAGAGGUCAACUUAGGUCGUAUGGCAGGCCCGUUCUCCGCCCCCCCCCCCCCCUCGUAAUUCUGAUAUAUUACUGAUACGAACAUUCACAUUUACUCGUAAUUUUGAUAUAAUACUGAUAUGAACAUUCACAUUUACCCGUAAUUCUGAUUUAUUACUGAUACGAACAUUCACAUUUACUCGUAAUUUUGAUAUAAUACUGAUAUGAACAUUCACAUUUACUCGUAAUUCUGAUAUAUUACUGAUACGAACAUUCACAUUUACUCGUAAUUCUGAUAUAAUACUGAUAUGAACAUUCACAUUUACUCGUAAUUCUGAUAUAUUACUGAUAUGAACAUUCAUAUUUACUCGUAAUUCUGAUAUAUUACUGAUACGAACAUUCACAUUUACCCGUAAUUCUGAUAUAUUACUGAUACGAAAAUUCACAUUUACUCGUAAUUCUGAUAUAUUACUGAUAUGAACAUUCACAUUUACUCGUAUUUCUGAUAUAUUACUGAUAUGAACAUUCACAUUUACUCGUAAUUCUGAUAUAUUACUGAUAUGAACAUUCACAUUUACUCGUAAUUCUGAUAUAUUACUGAUACAAACAUUCACAUUUACUCGUAAUUCUGAUAUAUUACUGAUAUGAACAUUCACAUUUACUGGUAAUUUACCCGUAAUUCUGAUAUAUUACUGAUACGAACAUUCACAUUUACUCGUAAUUCUGAUAUAUUACUGAUAUGCACAUUCACAUUUACUCGUAAUUCUGAUAUAUUACUGAUAUGAACAUUCACAUUUACUCGUAAUUCUGAUAUAUUACUGAUACGAACAUUCACAUUUACUAGUAAUUCUGAUAUAUUACUGAUACGAACAUUCACAUUUACUCGUAAUUCUGAUAUAUCAGACCGCUCCUAUUAUCAGACCACUCCCAUUAUCAGACCACUCCCAUUAUCAGACCGCUCCCAUUAUCAGAUCGCUCCCAUUAUCAGAUCGCUCCCAUUAUCAGAUCGCUCCCAUUAUCAGACCGCUCCCAUUAUCAGACCGCUCCCAUUAUCAGAUCGUUCCCAUUAUCAGAUCGCUCCCAUUAUCAGACCGCUCCCAUUAUCAGACCGCUCCCAUUAUCAGACCGCUCCCAUUAUCAGACCGCUCCCAUUAUCAGACCGCUCCCAUUAUCAGACCGCUCCCAUUAUCAGAUCGCUCCCAUUAUCAGACCGCUCCCAUUAUCAGACCGCUCCCAUUAUCAGACCGCUCCCAUUAUCAGACCGCUCCUAUUAUCAGACCGCUCCCAUUAUCAGACCGCUCGCAUUAUCAGACCGCUCCCAUUAUCAGGCUGUUUCCCGGAGUUUAGCUAAAGACUUUGGACGCUUUGAAAACAUGGAGUCCAGAUUAUAGAGCUGGCUUAAAACAUAAAACUCUUUGAAAGCAUGUAAUACCACCGUAUGAAAUGUACCAGAGUAUGGUUAGAGCCAGCUCUCCGGGGCAACCCUGGAAUGCCUAAUUUUCUCUGUUUUGUGCAGUUUGCGCACAUUUUAGCGUAAAGAUAAACUUGUAAAGAUUCCUUAAUCCAAGUAACUCAAGAAUUUGGCGGUCAUAUACGUGGGCGUGAACAUUAUUAAAUAAUGUUUUAAAACUAAAGGGGCCAUAAGUGCGCUAUGUACCUAAGAUUCUGUGCUAUUGUUAUGUAAUUUUAUAAGGGAAAUAAAAUGAUAAUUCGUGGA